UUAUGUGUUUGUCAACAUAAUGCAAACCAAUAUUGUUUAUUUCAAAUGUUAAUGAAAAAAGGAUUAGGUUGGCGUCUUCGGCAAACCAUACCCGAAUUUAGGGCCCCACAAAACAUUCUCUUUUAACUAUUUUUACCUAUAAUCAGAUUUUUUCGUAAAUUCCUAUUAAAACCCAAAAUGUGCGACAGCGACAAUGAAAAUUUUAACGACGAGGAGGCGGUAAACCUGACCGGCUUCCUCUUCGGUAAUAUUGAUGAGUCCGGCCAACUAGAAAGCGAUGUUUUCGACUCAGAGUCACAAAGGCAACUUACCUCAUUGGGGAAGCUUGGCCUCAAUACUAUUUUAAAAGAAAUGAUAGGUGAUGAGAAAAUCAAGGAGGACAGCGAUAGUGAUGAGGAAGGUUUUGUUAAGAAUGAGGUCGAUGCAAAUGCUUCAGAUCCACAAGCCGACAACUUUAACUAUGAUAAUAAGUCUCCUUCAGCUGAAGACUAUUUUGAUAUGACUGAGCUAGCUGAAGACGAACAGACAAAAGUGGAAAAUGAAGGGUAUGAGGCUGAUGAUGAAAAGAAUGCGGCACGAGAUGGAGAGUUAAUGCCUCCACCACCAACACGUGAUGUUGUUGAAACAAGUCCACAGCAAGAUGAAAACGAAAAGAAAAAACUGGAAACACCUUUGGCAGCAAUGCUGCCCUCCAAAUACGCCAACGUCGAUGUUACUGAACUGUUUCCCGACUUUCGCCACGGUAAGGUACUCAGAUUCUCCAGAUUAUUUGGCCCGGGAAAGCCCAGCAGUUUGCCCAACAUUUGGAAAAACGUCAGGAAGAAAAGGAAAAAGAGGAAGCAAAAGCAAAAUGAAAGCUACACCGGGCACGAAACUGAUUCUAAUUCGGAUGAUGAAAGGCCCAAAAAUCGCGGGUGGUUCUUUGAUUAUUUGGCAGACCCUUUACCUGAUCAGAUCCAAAGUGAUGAUGAGGAAAAGUUCCUGAAAGCAGCUGAAGCUUCUACAGUAGAUGAAAAGCCAAACACAGAUAAAAAGGAUGAGACUGGACCUAAAGUUGCUGAUUGGAGGUUUGGUCCAGCACAGAUUUGGUAUGAUAUGUUGGCUGUGCCAGAAACAGGAGAUGGAUUCAAUUAUGGAUUUAAAACUAAGGAAGAAUCAGCUCAAGAAUGUGAAAAAAAGGAGCAGCCAGACGAGAUGACAGAUAACAACGAAGAGAAACCCGAGCCAUUCGUGGACGAUGCCUUUCUAAUGGUCACCCAAUUGCAUUGGGAAGACGAGGUAGUCUGGGAUGGCAGCGAAAUAAAACACAAGGUAUUGCAGAAACUCAAUUCGAAAACAAACGCAGCAGGAUGGGUGCCCAGCAGCGGCAACCGUACGGCACAGGCGUUCAGUCAGCCCGGGAAAGGUGGGGCUGUCAGGAUGCCCAUUCCCGCACCUCCGUUGCCUAAUAAAACCAAAGCCCUUAUGCACAAAUUACGCCAAGAUCCUGACCAAGAUGACACUUGGUACUCGAUUUUCCCUGUGGAGAACGAAGACCUGGUGUAUGGCAAGUGGGAGGACGAUGUGAUUUGGGACUGCGAAGCAAUGACCAACAUACCCAAACCCUCCAUUUUAACUUUGGAUCCCAACGAUGAGAAUAUUAUUUUAGGUGUCCCUGAUGAUAUUGACCCGUCCAAACAAGUAGCAGGUCAAGCCACCCCAGUCAAGGUGAAAAUCCCCCAUCCACACGUGAAGAAGUCUAAAAUUUUGCUGGGCAAAGCUGGUGUCAUCAACGUGCUUCAGGAGGAUACCCCGCCACCGCCUCCCAAGUCACCUGACCGAGAUCCCUUCAACAUAUCAAACGACAUAUUCUAUAUGCCAAGGACGUCAGAUUCGACGAUGCGCCUGAAGGUGGGCGGGGCAAACCUGAUCCAGCACUCGACACCGGUCGUGGAGCUUCGGGCCCCGUUCGUGCAAACGCACAUGGGUCCAAUGCGACUCAGGAACUUCCACCGUCCGCCCAUGAAACGGUUCUCGCACGGCGCCCUGGCCGUCUCCAUGCCUCACCCCGUUAUGCCUCUUGUCAAGCACAUCAAGAAGAAGGCCAAGCAAAGGGAAGCUGAGAGGAUGGCGUCCGGUGGUGGCGAUGUGUUCUUCAUGAGAACUGCCGAAGACCUGACCGGAAGGGAUGGGGACUUAAUACUUAUCGAAUUUUGCGAGGAGCAUCCCCCCUUGAUGAACCAAGUUGGGAUGUGUUCGAAGCUCAAGAACUAUUACAAGAGAAAGGCUGCCAAGGACAGUGGUCCUCCGACGUACAAAUACGGAGAGACGGCUUACGCCCACUCGUCUCCGUUUCUGGGAAUACUUCAUCCUGGACAAUCUAUUCAAGCAGUUGAGAACAACAUGUAUAGGGCUCCAAUAUAUGAGCACAACAUUCCCGAGACUGAUUUCCUGAUAAUCAGGACGCGUCAACAGUACUUCAUCAGAGAGAUCGACGCCUUAUACGUGGCCGGGCAACAGUGCCCCCUCUACGAGGUGCCCGGCCCCAACUCUAAGCGUGCCAACAACUUCGUGCGAGACUUCCUGCAAGUCUUCAUCUACCGCUUGUUCUGGAAGAGCCGCGACAACCCCCGAAGGAUCAAAAUGGACGACAUCAAGAAGGCCUUCCCCUCUCACUCCGAAAGUAGCAUCCGUAAACGUUUGAAGCUGUGCGCCGACUUCAAACGUACGGGCAUGGACUCGAACUGGUGGGUCAUCAAGCCCGAGUUCCGGUUGCCAACCGAAGAGGAAAUACGCGCCAUGGUAUCGCCUGAGCAGUGUUGCGCCUACUUCAGCAUGGUGGCGGCGGAGCAACGGCUCAAGGACGCCGGCUACGGAGAGAAGUUCCUGUUCACGCCCGCCGAAGACGACGACGAGGAGAUGCAACUGAAGAUGGACGACGAAGUGAAGGUGGCGCCGUGGAACACGACCCGCGCAUACAUUCAGGCCAUGCGCGGCAAGUGUUUGCUCCAGCUGACCGGGCCGGCCGAUCCGACCGGCUGCGGCGAAGGCUUCAGCUACGUGCGCGUGCCCAAUAAGCCGACGCAGAGCAAGGAGGAACAGGAGUCGCAGCCGAAACGUACGGUCACUGGUACGGACGCCGAUUUGCGACGUCUCUCGCUCAACAACGCCAAGGCUUUGCUCAGGAAGUUUGGCGUCCCCGAGGAGGAGAUUAAAAAAUUGUCUCGUUGGGAAGUUAUUGACGUGGUGCGAACGCUCUCAACAGAAAAAGCCAAAGCCGGCGAGGAAGGCAUGGAUAAGUUCUCGAGAGGUAACAGAUUUUCUAUCGCUGAGCACCAGGAACGGUACAAGGAAGAGUGCCAACGCAUAUUCGACUUACAAAACCGUGUAUUGGCCAGUGCUGAAGUCUUGAGUACUGAUGAAGGUGAAAGCUCAGAGGACGAGAGCGACGAAGACAUCGAAGAGAUGGGCAAAAACAUCGAGAACAUGCUCAGCAACAAGAAGACCAGCACGCAAUUGUCUUUGGAGAGAGAAGAGCAGGAACGUCAGGAACUCAGGAAGAUGAUAAUGGAGGGAGACGAAAAGAAAGGCAAGGAUAAGAAGAAGGAUGAAGAAGAACAGGAUCAAAACAACUUUGCCCAACAAGGUAGAGUGUUGAAAAUAAUUAGAACCUUUACCAAUUUGGACGGCAAGGAAUUCACGAGAGUUGAAAUCGUAAGAAAGCCCGCCGUUAUUGAUGCCUAUGUCAAAAUCAGAACCACCAAAGACGAAGCGUUUAUCAGGCAGUUCGCCACCCUUGAUGAAGCUCAGAAGGAGGAGAUGAAGAGAGAAAAGAGACGCAUCCAAGAACAAUUAAGGAGAAUCAAACGAAAUCAAGAAAAGGAAAGGCUCAUGGGCAACACUUCAAUGUCGAAUUCCUUCUCUGACAAGGGUAAUCUCAGUGAUGGUGCAUCUUCAUCAACUGCUCUGGCAAAUUCAUCAUCCAACAAAAUUCUACCUCAAUCUCCAGCCAAGUCAAAGAGGAAGGUCAAACUAAAGCCUGAUUUAAAAUUGAAAUGUGGUGCCUGUGGCAACGUUGGUCACAUGAGAACCAACAAAGCUUGCCCAUUAUACCAGAACACUGGCUCCAACCAACAAAUGAAUGUUUCAUUAUCUGAAGACCAAGAUGAUGAAAUUGAGAAGCAACUGAAUACAGAUGAUGAAGAUCUAGUCAAUGUUGAUGGCACCAAAGUGAAAUUAUCUGGAAAAUUAUUAAAACAUGUUGAUGAAAUGAAGAAAAGGUCUAUGUUGACGAAGAUGCCCAAAGAGUCCUUGAGUUCAAAGAAGCGUCGAAGAGGUGGUACCGACUUGCACUGUGAUUAUCUGAAGAAGCACAACAGGCCUGUAAAUAGGAGGCGAACUGAUCCAGUUGUUGUUCUUUCCACUAUUUUGGAGAACAUUCUUAAUGAGAUGAGGGAUAUGCCGGAUGUACAACCGUUCUUGUUCCCCGUCAAUCCUAAGCUUGUCGUUGACUAUCACAAAAUCGUCAACAGACCAAUGGACCUACAGACGAUUCGUGACAACUUGCGCCAGAAAAAGUAUCAAAGCAGAGAAGAAUUCUUGGCAGACGUUCAUCAAAUUGUUGAAAACUCAACUUUAUAUAACGGUCCAAAGAGUCCUCUCACUGUCACCGCCCAAAGGAUGUUGCAGAGAUGCGUGGAGAGACUGGCUGAAAAAGAAGACCGACUAAUGAGACUGGAGAAGGCCAUCAAUCCGUUGCUGGACGAUAAUGACCAAGUGGCGUUGACAUUUAUUCUCGAUAAUGUUCUUAAUUCGAAGCUUAAAACUACGCAAGAGUCGUGGCCUUUCCUCAAACCCGUCAACAAAAAAUUGGUCAAAGACUACUACAAUGUUAUCAAGAGGCCCAUGGAUUUGGAAACUAUUAGUAAAAAAGUUGCUACCCACAAAUACCAUAGCCGUCAUGAGUUCCUCGUAGACAUCGAACAAAUCCUUCAAAACUGCAUCCUGUUCAACGGAAAAGACUCGCACUUCUCAAUGAAGGCUGAACAACUGGUUAAAAUAUGUAAGGCCACCUUGGACGAAUAUGAUGAACACCUCACUCAACUAGAAAACAAGAUCGCCUUAGCCCAGGAACGGGCCAUGCAAAACGAUGAUCAAACCUGGAUGGGCGGGGAAGACGAAAAUUACACCAUAGCCGAACCAGACAGGGCGAGUCAAGCCAGUUCGCCAGACCAUCUCUCGUCGGUCAAGUCCCAGGUGGACGAGUACGAUUACGUGGACGUUGAAAAUGUCGGCAUACAAAACGCUGAAGAUCAUUCUACACCAGUUAAAAAGUCCAAGAAGAAGAUAAAGAAAGAAGAGCCGGCCACUUUGGAGGAGGACUUGCAGUUCUCCAGCGAGGAAGAGGAACUGGAUGAGGUGCCUCUGAAUGAGUUUGAGGAUGAUAACAAAGGUUUCCUGAUAUCAGCAGAGCCGACUGGCGAAGGAGCCGACGACGACAGUCAACAGGCGGCCGAAGCAAUGGUCCAGUUGGGGUCAAUGGGCUAUUAUCAGCAAAGUGAAGGCGAACUUGUUGAAGCCCUUGCGUUUAAAGAGGAAAGCAUGGAUGUGGAUCCAAAUUAUGAUCCAUCAGAUUUCUUAAUGACUGGACUCCCUAGGAAACAGGAGGCAGUGCCAGUGGAUCCACAAGAUUCUGGAAUGAAAAUACACGAUGAUUUAGCUGUCAGUGAGAGUGAAGAUGAGGGAAUGAACGUAAGUCAAGAAACAUCGCAGGAAGAAGAGGAAGGAGAAGUUUGGUUUUAAUUAUAGUUUAGUAACAGAUAUAUAUGUUACGGAUAUUUUUUAUAAUUAUAUGGUUGAAUUUAUAGAUAUAUAGUUGUACGAUAUAAAAUUUUUGUACAUAAAUCGGUGUUAUUUUUAUAAUUUAUACAGCCGUCAUAAAUAUAUCCAUAACAAUGUCAUUAAAUAGAAAAGUUAUGUCGCA